AUGUUCUUUUUUAUCUUUCGGAUCACUUCGGAGAUCUAUUACCUCUCCCGGUGGAAAGAACCUGAUACUCCGACUAUAUAUGCUAUGGUGGCGUGUGCUGCCAGCACCGCUACUUUAUCAGUCACCAUUGUUGGCUUAAUCUACGAAGCUUUGAGCCUGCCCCUGUUCCCUUACAAACGCCAGAGAAACCGUAUUGUGGUCAUCGCAAUGAACGUAGUGUACAACAUCGGCACAAUACUAGCAGCAUACGGUGGAACGAGAGAUACAACGAUGCCGAGCCAAGUCAAGAACAUAGUUGCCGACAAGGCUGGAAAUAUCAUCAUGUUCCUUGUGAUGAUCGGCACUCUGAGCUGGCUUUAUCCGGCUGGCAAGCACAUCUACUAUGCUCGACAAGAUACAACCUUCCGCUCCGCUGAAGUGCUGAUGAUGGCUGCCGCGCCUGCCACAGUCCUUCAGCUAAUCCGCAUGAACUACGACCUCAUUUACGUAUUUACGCAAAUCGCCAUGUUGCAUCCCACCACGGGCAGCUUUGCCAUCAGAUUUGUCACCUUUUGUUUGCAGCUGGCAAUUGUUGGACUGGUAAUUGUUGCUGGCUGGUUCAGUAAAGAUGCUGCAACUAUUCGCGAAAGGGCUCUUAAAACAGAUAGCACCACUGAGCUAGUUUGA